GUCACUAGGAUUCCCUUGAAGCUGCUUUCCAGGGAAAAAAUAAAUGUUACAAUCUUUUCUUUGCACCUCGUUUAACGGAUAGCAGCCUAUCAUCUCGUCAGUGCUGUCGUUUUACCUUGUAACAUCCAGUCACUGGUUCUUAAAGAAGAUGCCGAAACGGGGAAGUAAAGUGAGGGAGAUUGUGUCGGAAGUAGACAGUUUGGAAGAACAACACGCGUUGUAGGAUUCAGUGAAACCAGCAGCGAAAAGGUAGAUUUACUGCGGAUAUUUUUUAAUUCAUCAUCUUUCUGUUUUUAUUGCAGGAGCUACAUGUGGAUAGAAACAUGACAAAGUAGCACGUGCAUCUAUCGGAUCGCAUCCAAUGCUUAUUACAUAUCAUACAAUCGUCAUCAGGCUGUGAAGUAAAAGUUUUAUAUGUAUUUUUCAUGCUUCACAUCUUGCUUGCAGUAACCUGCUACAGGCUAUGCAUUGAAACCAAAGGCGAUUUACAAGCUGCAUUCUUGGAGAAACGCGCAAGGUGAUUUUAGUAUUAUCGAGAAGAAAAAAAACACGACGAGGGGUUGAACUUUGCGGAGGUUUUCCUGAGAAUUUGUGCAUAUCAAGGUCGGUAGCAAAGGGUCUGUCUCUAAACUCCGGAUAGGAUAUAUGAAGAUCGCGACCCAGUUGGUUUUCCCUCGCAGAAAUGCCUGUGCGUGCUGUGACCACGAGGUUCAUGUACAAGGGACUUUGCACUAUUCCAGAUGUCCUCUCCUACCGGACCCCUGUUAUCCUGCCUGAGGAUGAGGUGGAAGAGAUCCGUGAGGCGUUCAAAGUAUUCGACCGAGAUGGGAAUGGUUUCAUCUCAAAGCAGGAGUUGGGGAUGGCCAUGCGCUCGCUGGGCUACAUGCCCAAUGAGGUGGAGCUGGAGAUUAUCAUCCAAAGACUCGAUAUAGAUGGUGACGGUCAAGUUGGCUUUGAUGAAUUUGUCACAUUGCUUGGUCCUAAACUCUCUGCUGCUGGCAUGCCGGAUAAGUUCCACGGAGCAGACUUUGAUUCAGUGUUUUGGAAGUGUGACAUGCAGAAACUGACGGUGGAUGAGCUGAAGAGGCUGCUUUACGAUACUUUCCGCGACCACCUCACCAUGAAAGACAUUGAGAACAUCAUCAUGACAGAGGAGAGCCACCUGAACAGCCCAGAGUCCCACGUGGACAUAGACACAAGCCCAACACAACAGGAAAAACACACAUGUGUGCGUAAAAGCCUGAUUUGUGCCUUCGCCAUUGCAUUCAUCAUCAGCGUCAUGCUCAUUGCAGCAAAUCAAAUGCUCCGCAGAGGAAUGAAGUAAAUACGACUCCAGCUGGAUACAGAGAUACUUAAGAACGGACAAUGAGAAAUCAAACAUUAAAUCAAAACACUUGUAUGGUUUUGUUGAAUGUUUUCAACACACAGCUUCUCUCUGUAAUAGGUGCAAUGAUGUCAUUCAGUGGUUUUAUAUUGCCACAAAUUGUAGCAUAACCUGGUUAAAAAAAAGAAAGGCAUUUCAAGGGCUGAUUAGUAUCCUAAAACAGUAGGUUGUGAAUCAGAUUUCUGAAGACAUUAUAUUGGAAAGCAGACUUUAGAAGUAUGUGCUUAGUAAUAGAUGUGCUGUGUCUGUGUUUAUCAAACAAUUAAUGUUGUUGAUGAGAAGUCUGCCGUUUGGAAUGCACCCAAUAAUGAAAAUUACUGAGGAUAGUAAUAAAGCAAUACGCACGUGUUGAUGCGCUGCAUAUUAAGUAGCUUUAAUUCACUCUCAGCGUAAUUGUUUUUCUUUUAAGUCUCUGUAUUAGUGCCAGUAUUUCCAGUCCAGAGGUCCAACUCAUGUCAAGAGUAACACAUCGUUACGAACCAUCUGUGACCUAAAUCUUAACAAAGGAGAAGCCACAUUAAUUCAAAACACAAAUGUGUAAAAAUAUUACAAUUAUUUCUACAACUGUUUAACCAUGCUAGCUUCAUGGCUCUUGGGAUGGCAGUCGAUAGUUCAUCACUUUGGUCUAAACUGUAUGGAUGUCAUUCUGAACAGACACUCAUUGCUCCCAGGGAAACAAUGCAACUGACUUAAGUAAUCCCCUGAUUUUCUCCGUAAAACCACCAGCAGAUCGAAGUUUUCUUUUGAAAAAUCUCAACAUCUACAGGAUGAUUUAUCAAAAGAUGUAGUAGAGACAUCUAUGGUUCCCAAAGGAUGCACCCCCAUGACUGUGAUGAUGCUCUGAGUGUGUCUCAGGAUGAAUUGUGGUGAUUCACUGACAUCUCAUAUGGUAAUGUUCAAAUCAAGCUCAGCUGUACUUUGUGCUUAGUGCUACUAUAACAUCAGCAUGUUAGUAUUGGCAGUAUUGGCCCAUGAUAUUCAAGUCAGGAAAAUAGUAUGUUCCUCCAAAGUUUCUAUUGUGACAUUGAGAAGCCCUACAUUUGGAAUAACUGGUGAACAGCACUGUUAUCUGGAAAAGAGAGGGUUUGAAAGACAUGUGGACACAGCCGGUAACCCUCCAUUCAGCUGAGCCCAAAAGCCCUUUCUAAAUAAAUCACAGCAGACUAAAACAUUUACUGGUUUGAUUUGAAGCUGAGAGCUGAGCUCAGUGAGAUGUAUUGGCUGAGAAUUGAGAUGAAAAUGAAACAGCUGUUUCACAAAAAAUGUAAUGUAGUAGAUUUAAGAAUCAAACUGAAGUGUUUCAUCCUCAAAAUCUGCCAGUGAUACAUGCACAAAGCUGCAUAUUUCAAAUCUGUGCAAUAGCAUCCAAAAAGAGACAUAAUGAGUCACAGGAAAGACAAGUGAUUAUCUGAGCUAGCAGCUGUAAAUAGCGUUAACCAUUACAAGUCAAAUGUUUAGACAGAAUGACACAUGACGAUAAAGGAUAAUCCGUUCACAACACUUGCAUGUACAUUAAAAGUAUAUUCUGUGUUCAAUGUGUUUGAGAUCAAAUGUUGAACCCUGGUGUAUGUAUUGAAAUAAUUAUGCAAUUUGUAUAGUAAUCAUUGCAAAAAUCUCAGUAUUUGACAUUUUCCUGUAAAUGUCGAUUUAUGUGGACGUGCAGACCAUAUCAAAAAUACUAAAUACUUUGGAGUAUGCUGUGAAAAAUAAUUUAACAUAUCAUAAAAAAUGUUGUUUUCUGGUUUUUACAUGGACCACCAAAACAACAUGUUUAAAGUAUAACAUGGUUAUAUUUUCUUACUUGGAAAAGUGAUACAUUAAAUCUAUGUGAUUUUAUUGAAUGUAAGCAUAAUGUUUUUUAUAAAACAAACAAUACGAAAAAAUAUAUUUCAGGUUUCUGAUAUAAUUUCCAGGUUGACUGGACAUUCAGAUGCAAGUAAUUGUGUGUCACACACUAACAUUAACAUUUCUUAUUUGGUAAUAUUCAUUUUUCAAAAUGUUUUAUCAAAUUUUUGUCGAAUUCAAUACGUUUUACAAAUUGCUAUAUAUUUUUUCUUGCUCUUUUUAUCUUAAAGCUAUAUCAUGAGAGGAAACGUACGAAACAGCGAGUAUCAUUCUGGCAAUAAAACAGAUAUUUUAUCUCAAAUACAGUAGCUGUUUAUGUAUGAACUUCUAAUAUGACAUCACAUUACCUCUUUAUGUGAACAUCAUGUAAGGUAUGGAUUUUGUGUGAAUGUAAAAUAUAGUUAUUGUGUCAAAUAUUGUCUUAAGAGAUAUAAGCAAUUAUUGUGUCCUAUUCUGUAUGUUACAGUGCUUUAAUUAGCAGAUUUAUGUGCACUCUGUUCAAGGAUUGUCUUUAUUGUUAUGACUUUGAUUCAGACUGUAGUGUUCUGUUUGUGCCUUUGUCUUUUGAAGUAAGAUCUGCGCUCUCAUGCCUUGACUUUAGAGUAACUUUAGAAAACUUCUAAGAAGAAAUGUAAGUCCAUUUUACUAAAUCAUUGCUUAAGACAAAAAUGAAUCUGAUGUAUUUUCGAACUGAAAUGACUCAUUAGUAAUUCAAUUACCAAUAAGUAUUGAUGUAUUAUCUUUCUCUCUUCCAUGUUCUUGGUAAAGAUCUCUCUCACUUCUGGUAAAUGAUUGUAUCAUCCUGCUGUUGACAUUACUAGUAAUUUAAUGUUUAGAUUGAGAAUACCAAGCGCUGUUUUAUUUCUGUAACCUCCCAUGUAGAGGUUACUGCAUCAAAUAUACACUACUGUAAGUGUUGUUUGUAUGCAUGUAUCAAAUAAA